AUGAGACCUCUAUCUUCGCGCCGCCACGAUCUCCGCAUGCAAGCCACGAUCUCCGCAAGCGACAUCGGCGGCGAUCCGGCACUGGACCUCGAAGCGACGACCUCGCCCUGCCUUCGCCCGCCUCUUGCCGCGCCUCCUGCCGGAUCUCGGGAGACCAAGACGAGCACGACGGGAAGGGCACCCGGCAGUGCUUUCGGACCGAGGGGAAGGCCGAGACGCAACGUGGUCGAGGAUUCACCGUCGAAAAUUGCCGUGCUAAUCCGCCGCCCGUCGCAACGAACGCGUUCCAAACGAGCCCGACGAACUCUGCUGCCCGUGGCCACGCCGAGGAGCCCUGCUACCGCCCUGCGCCAAAACGCAAUUCACAAAGCACCAGCGUGCAACACCGGCGGCCGACAUCCUUCCUCUCCGGUGGGCGAGGAAGGUCAUGAUUAUGAGUCAUAUCGCGUGCUUCCAGAGGGUCCAGCUACAAACAGUGUGACACAUGAUGAUCCAUAUGAUUACAUCUACCAGAACCUGCCAGAACGACAUAAAUUGAGAAAGGUCCCUGACUGCAGUUAUUGUGGUGCGAUGAGGUUUCAGGGUGAGACACCCGGGUUUUGUUGUAGAAAAGGAAAAGUACAGAUACAUAUACCAGAUGUUCCUGCAGAGCUCAAAAGGUUGUUCACAAGUCAAGUGCACGAUGAUGCAAAAUAUUUCAGAAAACAUAUACGUUAUAUCAACUCACAUUUCUCCUUUGCAAGUCUAGGGGUUACCACUGAUGACAGAUAUAAAAGUCCAGUAGGGACCGGUGUUUAUACAUUUCGAGUUCAUGGUGGGCUGUACCACCGUCUUGACCACCUGGUGCCAGGUGGCCGCGGUGCUCGGCAUUUGCAGCUCUACUUUUAUGAUACAGAAGAUGAGGCCUUAUCACAUAGAGUCAAAAGGUCCCCUGAUCUUGAUAUCAACAUCAUUCGGACUAUCCUAGCAAUCUUGCAAGAUAACCCAUAUGUUCAGACUUUUAGGAGAAAUGGGGAUUUUCCAAACUUGGAUGAGUACCGGAUUGAACUCAAUACAAAUAUCACGCCUGACCAAAGAAGGUACAAUGCCCCAACUGCAUCCCAAGUUGCUGCUAUUUGGAUGGAUGGGAACGAUCCACAAAGAUGUUUUGAUAGAAGUGUGGUUGUAUAUGGAAAGACUGAUCAUCGUCCGCAGUAUAUCCGGGCAUGGCAUGGUUGUUAUGACGCCUUAGCUUAUCCUAUAUAUAACCCACGAGGGGAGACAGGAUGGAACAAAUAUAUGCCGUACAGUGGGAGUCCAUUCACUCCACCAUCUGCAACCGCGGCUUCUACUAAUAAUCAAUGGCCAGAGAGUAGAGAUGAAGGGACGUCUGGUGUUAAUCAUGGUAUUAUCUCUUAG